GUGGAAGUUCUCUGGUUACGUGCGUCUCCCUCCGGUCUUUAUUAGCUGCCAGCUCCACGGCUCUGUUCUCUCUUCUCCACGCCGGUACCGGGACAGGAGCCUGCCGUCGCCGCCAUGAAGCUUCCAGUGGCCGUACUUGCCGUUUUCGCCUCCGUGGCUGUCAUCAUUGAUGCCACCGUGCACUUCAGGGAGCAGUUUGACGACGGAGAUGCAUGGACGAGCCGCUGGACUCCGUCAAAGCACAAGUCGGACUAUGGCGAGUGGAAACUGACCGCUGGGAAGUUCUACGGCGACGCUGAGGCUGAUAAAGGCAUUCAGACCAGCCAGGACGCCCGCUUUUACGCCACGUCGGCCCGCUUUGAGCCCUUUAGCAACGAGGGGAAGCCUCUGGUCGUCCAGUUCACCGUCAAGCACGAGCAGAAGAUCGACUGUGGAGGUGGCUAUGUCAAAAUCUUCCCAUCUGACCUGGACCAGAGCAACAUGCACGGAGACUCGCAGUAUCACAUCAUGUUCGGGCCUGACAUCUGUGGCUACAGCACAAAGAAGGUUCACGUCAUCUUUAACUACAAGGGCCAGAAUCACCUCAUCAAGAAGGACAUCAAAUGCAAGGACGACGAGCUGACCCACUUGUACACCCUGAUCCUGAACCCGGACCAGACUUACGAGGUGAGGAUCGACAACGAGAAGGUGGAGUCCGGCUCCCUGGAGGAGGACUGGGACAUGCUGCCCGCCAAGAAGAUCAAGGACCCCGAGGCCAAGAAACCCAGCGACUGGGACGACAGAGCCAAGAUCGACGACCCCGCUGACACCAAACCUGAGGACUGGGACAAACCCGAGACCAUCCCCGACCCUGAUGCCAAGAAGCCUGACGACUGGGAUGAAGACAUGGACGGAGAGUGGGAGCCUCCCUCCAUCACCAACCCCGACUAUCAGGGAGAGUGGAAACCAAAGCAGAUCGACAACCCGGACUACAAAGGAGCCUGGGUGCACCCCGAGAUCGACAACCCAGAGUACAGUCAAGACGCCACCAUGUACAAGUUUGACAACAUCGCAGUCCUGGGUCUGGAUCUGUGGCAGGUAAAAUCCGGCACCAUCUUUGACAACUUCAUCAUCACGGACGACGUCAAAGAAGCCGAGGAUUUCGGGAAGGAGACCUGGGGAGUCACAAAGGGACCAGAGAAGAAGAUGAAGGAGGAGCAGGACGACGUGGAGAGGAAACUGAGGGAGGAGGAGGAGAAGAGCAAAAAGAAGGACGGUGAAGGCGAGGGCGACGACGAGGAGGAGGACGAAGAGGGCGAGGAUGAGGAGGAGGAUGAAGAAGAAGGAGAGGGCGAGCAGGACGAGGAGGACGUCGGGUCAGAAGAGGAGGAGGAGGACAAACCGAAGGACGAGUUGUAGAACGGAGGAGCUGAUGUUUGGACUGCAGCGUUCUUCUUCUUCUUCUUCUUCUUCUCUGCAGGUGACAGGAAGUUAGUGAACGCCCUGUGGACUCUUUUCAUACAGCAGCCUUUUAUUCCAGUGUGGGGCGGCGGAGGGGCUGAAAACUGGGUCCCAUCAGAUUUGUUUUUUAUUGAUUUUCUCGCGUCUAGAAGGGAGGAGGGUUUAUGUCUUUGUUUGUUUUUUUCCCCCUCAGAAUUUUUCUAAUCGAAGCUGCGAUGUAAGGAGCACCGUGUGUGUGUGUGUGUGUGAGUCCUGUGAUGUGUGUACUCGUCCCCGCAGUCACUCACAGAGCCAUAUUCUCAUUUUCUUUCCUCCUUUUCUUUGGACGUCCAGUAAAUCCAGGAUCUGUGACGUUCUGGCUCAUGAACUUUUGUUUUCCUCUUCUCUCUCUGUCUCUGUCAUUUUCUUCUCUUCAUCCAUCGCCUUCAUAUUUUAAUUUAAUUUAAUCAUCACAUUAUUUCCUCCCCUGAAAACACAUUACUAUGAUUUGCUCAUAGGUUCCUGUCCUCCAGUGCGUGUGUGUGAGUGAGUGAGUGAGUGAGUGAAUGAAUGAAUGAAUGAAUGCAUAAAACAAACUGUGAUUUCUACAAUCCUCAUUCUCUCAUUGUUCUGAAUGAGUCGCUGUUGUGUGAGUGCACACACAUUUGAGUUUCAGUGAAAUAAAAUUGAAGCUUCUCUCAACAAAGCUGA